AGGAAUGGUUCUCCUCCUUGGGUCUUCUCAUUGCAAUAAUAACACUGACAAGCAUGAUGGAAAUCGAUCCUCCUCAAGAAGUAUCUUUAGCCAUCCUUGGGAAACUUUCCUUGAAUGCUACUGAACUUAAAAUUGCUUAUACUCCAAAUAACACGUUGGCAAAAGAAAUAAUGGACAAAAUAGAAACAAUAUCUAUCCUGAAAGGUGUAGAGACAGAAGCUAUGAAAGAUGAAAAAUCCAUGGAAGCUGCACAAAUGGAAGAAAUAGACAUGAUUGGAGUUGUAUUUCAAGAUGAAGUCUCAUAUCGACUCCGAUUCCCUUUAUAUAAACUGGUUUCCCCAAAUGAAUAUUUUGGAAAGACAGAUUACUGUUACAACUUUUCAUCAUCUGAUUGUUCAAAUCCAAGCUAUUGGUAUGGAGGCUUUAUAGCUUUGCAAUCUAGCAUUGAUAGUGCACUUAUUGAACAGGACUUAGAGAGAUAUUUCGCUGAGGACAGAACAGACUGACUGGUGCCCUAUCGAGGCCGUCUCACCCAUCUUCAGGUGCCGACGGAGACCUUUCUCCGGGAGAGGGCUGACUACCUCUCCUGGGCAUCCGGAGGACACCACCGAUCCAAGAAUCUGACCAGGAUCAGGACAAGUUAAUAAAAAUUACGCCAGCUGAAAGAGAAGAUGCCUGCAAGCAAGUAUCAAAAGAAUUGUAGACCCACUCGGUUAGGAAUGGAAGAAGGGGCCCGAUCACCCCCCUGAGCCUGGGAUAGCAUCCCUUCCAAACGGAACCGGCAUAUCCUAAUGAGGCUCUAG